GAGUUCCCUUUAGUUUCUAAUCCUUCCUUCUUUUAGUCUGGGGAGAAGGCGGAGACGAAUCCCCAGAAUGCACGCCCUCAGGGUGUGGAGGCCAAGGGCCGUACCCUUUAUUUGCAUAGCUCCCGGGACUUAGCGCGGCACUUAGAGCACUUCCGCAUUGGUGGGGGAACUCCAAGUCCCGGAAUGCCCCGGGGGUAUUGCGUUGCUUCCGCUCUGUUGGAAGGUGGGAUGCUCGAGUCGGCCAAGCGAGGCUGGUUUGAGAACCGCUGCUAUCCGCAAGAGGAAAGUGUCGCCGAACUGGGACUAGCGGACAGAUGUCCCGUAUGGAGCUGGCGUUGGAUCCGGGUGACCAGGAUCCGCUGGGCUUCCUGGUAGAGGAAAGCGGCAAUUUGGGGGCGGAGCACACGGCCUCGGACCUUACUUCGGACUGGGAACAGCCGCUUUCUGAAGCCCUGAGCGAUUGGGAUGUAGAGGAUUUCCUGAUUUCCCUGCUGAGUCCCCCAGCAUCGUUGAACGUUCUCAGCUCCUCUAACCCCUGUAUUGUCCACCAUGAUCACACCUACUCUCUCCCACACGAACAUGACUCCAUAGAUAUAGGUAGUGGAAGUUGUGGAGAAGAGAAGACCCAGGUGACUCCACUGCAUGUGGAGGAGCUGGCAGAGCAGCCCCAGGAGAUUGAUCGGCUUAUAUUGACAGAUGAGGAAAAGAGGCUGUUGGAGAAGGAGGGGCUUACUCUGCCUGAGACUCUUCCUCUCACCAAGAUGGAGGAACAAGUUCUGAAACAAGUGCGGAGGAAGAUUAGAAACAAAAAGUCUGCUCAGGAGAGCCGGAGGAAGAAAAGGGUGUAUGUGGGAGGUUUAGAGAGCAGGGUCUUAAAAUAUACAGCCCAGAAUCUGGAGCUACAGAACAAAGUCCAGGUCCUAGAGGAACAGAAUCUGUCUCUUCUAGAUCAGCUGAGGAGACUCCAGGCCAUGGUGAUUCAGAUAUCAAACAAAACCACCAGCAGCAGCACUUGUGUCUUGGUUCUACUGUUCUCCUUCUGCCUCCUUCUUGUACCUGCUCUGUACUCCUCUGAUAUAAGAGGGAGCCUGCCGACUGAGCACGGAGUGUUGUCCCGCCAGCUUCGUGCCCUUCCCGGUGAGGACCCUCACCAGAUGGAGCUGCCUGCUCUGCAGUCAGAGGUACUAAAGGACAGCUCAGACCAUGAGCUCCAGGCUCCUGGCAACUCUUGCUGCCUGUUCUGCCACAUGCUUCAGGCUCCUGGUGCAGAGCCUCCCCUGAAGUUGCCACUCCCUGACGUCUUCUCAAAGUUCCCCUGCCCAGGUCCCAUCCUCUUCCUGCAUGCAAAUAACACCAGGAAGGAGGGAUGGCUCCCUAACCACAGCCUCUCACCUGUUACUUUGCAGGGUGGCUACUCAGGCUAGAUGUGAGGAUGGGGAGGUGCCCUGACCUAGAGCCUGGGGCCCUCCAGUCUGUGUCCAAAUGAAUAGGAAAGGACUAGCCUCAGCUCCUGUGCCCUGUCAGGAAGCCUGCGGGCUCAAACACACCACACUUAACUGGCUUUCUGGGUCUUUUAUUUCUACCUGUGUAUGUUUCUUUGCCCAUGAAUCAACCUAGGGAAUUAACUGACCUCCUUGAGCAUUUCAUGCAUUGGGAAGGAAUGGGGUGAGCAAAGAAAUAAAUAAUUAAUUUUGA